AAGCAAACAAACCGUGACAACAAGUGAAAGCUUCAAAAGGAGUUUUAAAGGAUGCCCAAACCCUCCGGCAAGCGUCCCCCAACACGUGGCCGCCGCAAAGCAAACCCUCCACCCAGCGCCGCGUCCUCCGACUCGGGCUCCCUUUGCCGCGUUUGCGCCAACUGGUUCCCGGACCAGUCGGCGAUGAUCGCCCUCGGCAGUCGCACCGUCCUGCGGGACGUGUGCACGCCGGCGGAAGCGAUCGUCGCGAUUGGUGGGUGGUCCGGUGAGGAGGAGCAGCGCGAGCACGACGGGUUGCCUCAGUUUUGCUGUGAGGCGUGUUUUGGCCAGCUGGAGGUGGCGUACGGGGUGCGCAGGAUGUGCCGCGAGUCGGACCGGAAGUUGAGGAAGAUGCUCGCGGGGGAGGUUAAGGAGGAGGAGGUGAAUCCGCUGGAUGCGGUCGAGGUGGUUUGUAAGGUGGAGGAACCGGAGGAGGUCGCUAUGGAGGAGAUAGAGAUCAAGAACGAACCGGUUGUGGAAGACAACGAGGAUCAGAAUGACGACGAGAAUACCAUGGAUAACGACGGAUCUGGGGAGAACGUUGAGGAAAACUCAAACGAGGAAUCUGAGUCUGCAGAGCAAUCGAAAUCGAAACGCGCCAAGUUACUGAUCAGCGAAGAUCUCUACGAAGAAGUAGAGGCGAUGGCGUUCCGUUGCUGCGGUUGCUGGCUACCGUUUGAAACGCAGGACGAGCUGUACGAGCACGGACAGGUCGAUCACAUCUCCAAGAAACUUUCCAGCGAUGAGUUGGACCGAAAAAAGUGGGUCCAAUGCGACAUCUGCUACAAGACGCUACGGAGCGCCAAGCAGUUGCUCAGACAUCGAUCAAAGGACAAGUUUGAGUACCGCUGUAAAACGUGCGGUGACACGUUCAUCAACCGGGUCCGGGUGAGCACUCACUACCGCACAAUGCACGGGCCACACGCGAACGUAAGCGGGACAACGCGGAUCUGCUGCGGCUGUUCACUGCAUCUUUCGUCGCCAGAAGCCCUGUCAGCACACAGCGAAGCCGUUCACCUCCCGAAUCGUCCCGCGCCGAACCCGGAACGUCCGUUCGUGUGUGACAUCUGCUACCACAACUUCCCGCACGAGCGAGGCCUGUGGGACCACAAAACCCGACUCACGUCCAAAGUCAAAAAGUACCAGUGCUCCCAAUGCGGCAAACAAUUCUUCUACCCCGGAGGUCUAGCGGAUCACGAGGUAACCCAUCUCGGCGAGAAGGUCUUCCAAUGCGCCCAAUGUCCAGCGUCCUACAUAAGUCGCGAGUCGCUGCGCAAACACAUGCAGCAGCACGCGAUGCCCGAGGACAAAUACAAAUGCGCGGAAUGUGGCCGCUGCUACCGCUCUUCCAGAGCUCUCCGAGAGCACACCUUCGCCCACACCGGCGAGCGCCCGUUCGUCUGCUCGUACGACGACUGCACGGCGGCGUUCGCCCGGGAAUCCGGCCUGGCCAUACACACGCUGACGCACACCGGCCAGAAGGACUUUGAGUGCAACAUUUGCGGGAAGCGCUUCGGCGACAGUUCCGGCCUGCGGCAGCACGUGAGCUUCUACCACAAGAAGGAGCGACCGUUUGGGUGUUUCUUCUGCGAGCGGCGCUACCCGCGCAAGGACUACCGCAAGCGCCACAUGGUGAGUGCCCACGCGGCCGAACUGGCCGCCAAUCCGCUGCCCGCGAUCGAACUUGGCCGGAAUAAAUAGUGUUGAUGGGAGUGAAA